AUGAAUUCUGAAGAUUUUUCUGCAACAGAGACCAGCUCCUUGCACCUGAAAAGAGAACAACAAAGUCAUGCCACUGGGACUUACUCUGCAACAUAUCAUGAAGGAUCCAUUCAUGUUCCUAUCCCAUGUGCUGUAGUAAACGUGGUCUUCAUUACCACUCUCAUCAUAGCUCUCGUUGCUCUAUCAGUGGGCCAGUACAACUGUCCAGGACAAUAUGUGUCAUCAGCGCCACCAAACACCCAUGUGUUUCCAUGCUCAGAUGAUUGGAUUGGACACAAGGGGAAAUGCUAUCUUAUUUCCAAGAAAACAAAGAACUGGACCUUGGCCCAAAACUCUUGCUCCAAACACGAUGCCACUCUUGCUGUCAUUGAUUCUAAAGAGGACAUGAACUUUUUAAAACAAUAUGUGGGUAGAGCUGAACACUGGAUUGGGCUGAGAAAUGAAGCUGGCCAGACAUGGAAAUGGUCAAAUGGCCAAGAAUUUAACAACUGGUUCAACCUUACGGGGUCUGAGAACUGUGCAGUUCUGAACAGUGAAGAGGUCAGCAGCACAGAAUGUGACAAGAAUUUACACUGGAUAUGUAGCAAACCCUCCAAAUAA